AUGUCCACACACAAAGCAGCCCUCCUCCAUUCGGCAGGAUCUCCUUUGGUCAUUGAAGACCGCCCGACUCCCACGCCAGGUCCCAAGGAUCUCUUGAUCUCGGUGGCUGCCAUUGCGCUCAACCCAGUCGACUGCUACCAACGGGCGCUGGGCUUUUUCCUCACCAGUUACCCGGCCAUCCUAGGAUCCGACAUCGCAGGCACAAUCGAAGCAGUUGGUUCAUCAGUCCCCGAACCCUUCAAGGUAGGAGGGCGCGUGCUAGCAUUCGCGUCCGCUUUCUACCGCCGCGGCGAGGCGGACGCGAACGACUACGCAUCCUACCAGACCAAAGUCCUUGUUCAGUAUGAGGCUGCUUGUCCCAUCCCGGACUCACUCAACUUCAUUGACGCCGCCACCCUCCCCAUGGGCGUCGGUACGGCCUGGAGUGGUUGGCACAUCAUCGGUUUAAACACGUCCACACAUUUCAGCCCGGCCGACAAAAAGGGUGUCGUGAUAUGGGGUGCCGCGUCAAGCGUGGGCAUCUGUGCCGUGCAAAGUGCCAAAGCCAUGGGCUUCACCGUGUACGCGACCGCCAGCCCUAAGAAUUUCGACUACAUCAAGUCCAUUGGUGCGAAGGAGGUGUUCGACUACAAGGACCCCGAGGUAGUGUCGAAGCUUCUCGCCGCCGCCAAGAAGGACGCCAUCAAACUUAGCACCAUCUACCGCGCCGCUGGUGACCGCGGUGGCUCAGACGUCCAGCCGCUCCUAAACAUCGUGAGCGCUUCGGGUGGUGGUAGUAUCGCAUCGGCUGUCGGUCCUCUGGGCGAAGACACACCUCAAGCCGAGGGCGUUGAUCUCAAAUUUGUCAUCAACCCGAGCGACAGAGACGCAAGGGACAAACAAUACAAGGCGACUUUUAAUGAUUGGCUGGCUCCUCGCUUGGCCAGCGGCGAGUUCAUCCCCGGACCAAAACCCAGGAUUGUGGGCAAGGGAUUGGAAUCUUUGAACAAAGGUCUUGAUAUACUGAUGCCCGGUGUGAACUUGGAAAAGAUUGUUGUUGAGCUGUAG